AGCAGCUCGGCGAUCUAGUUAGCGGGGGUCGACUGCUUUCACCUGCUUCCGGGCACGAGUCGCGGGAAUUUGGAAACGAAUAGAGCGUCGCGUCAUCGAUUGCCGCCUGUCGUGAAACAACCUCCUUGGAGUCGGCGUAUGUGACUCGAUAACUGUCAGCGUUCGCUGACAGCCAAAGGUUGUUCGACAAGCUUCACUUGUAAUGUAACGUCGGGCAUUUUACGACGCGAACGGUGAGCAGAAUGCAGAGCGGUCCCUUUGGGGAUGUCCUGCACUGUGAGGAGCAGCUGAGGUCCACACUCUACUGCGAUGACAAGGACAACCUUCGGAGGAAGUUGGCCCAGCUCCAGCGGGAGUAUCUCAAGACCGCCCAGAAACUGCAGCGCGCCGAGCAAAUGGAGGCAGUGCGGAAACACGUGAGCAAUGAGGUCGCCCCAAAGCAGGACCACCACAGCUGCCGCCAGGACCGGGCAGGCCCAGACGGGACGUCGAAGCCAACAGAUGGAGCAAACAAGAGCUCGUUCGGCACAGAUGACAAGGCCGUGCACGUAUUCGCAAACAUCAAAGACAACCUUGCAGGAACAAGCCCCGCCGAUUCCACGAUCGGCACGAUCGGGACCCCGCUCGCGUCCACGUUGGAACUGGAACCGAAUUGCAGCGACCCGGCGCGCCUUUCCAGAGCCGGUCCCACCCUGCGCCUGCGCUCGCGCCACAGCCGCAUGCGCCGGCAGAGGCGCGGCGAAGAAGCAGGAAAGUCGCAAGGCGAGGCGGGGUCCGCCGAUGAAAGCCAAAGUUCGGGACCGGCGUCGCCCUCCCUGCCGCUGUUGUGCCGGAACAUUCCGCCGCUCCGGGAUGAGAAACUCGACGGAAACGCGCCAGACGACGGUCGCCGAAGGGAGAAUGACCCCGUGGGACCAGCCGGAGGACACCUUGUGCUUGAAGAAGAGAGUCCUGAACAUUCGGUAAACCGGACAAGUCUUUGCAGCGUAGAAACGACAAGAGCAGGAGAGGGGACGAGCCUUUUGGAGUCCUGCACGCCGGCGGAGGGGCUGCUUUACCCUGCCGAGUACUACGUCCGGACCACCAGGCGCAUGGCCCUCUCGCAGAGCCAGCCGGACCUGCGGGCCGUCGUCAUCCGCGGCCAGCUGAGCUCGGGUCGACCUCGCCGGAAGAAAACCAGCCCGCUCGGCUCCAGCGAGCGGUCCGCUCCGGUGUCCGUCGGGGACCGCCGCCGGGGGGCCGUUUCGCCCCCUCGCGUCUCUUGUCCGGCGAGGGGUCGGAAGAGUCGGAGGCGGGGAGGUGGGGGCAACCUCGGGGUCCGGAGAGCCUCGCCUUCUACCGCCCCGGCUCUCCGUGAGGCGCAUUCUCCAAAUUCCCAGCCGCCUCGCCACCCUCCGCAGGCCACGCCCCCUGAUGCGCAGCCUUUGUCCGGAGCGCCGGACCUCUUUCCCAUCUUUCGCAAGAUGAUCAAGUCCGCCCCGGUGGCCCCAAGUUCCGAGAGCUGGCGUUCCCUCCUCCUCCCCUCCCCCAAACUCAGCCCGACUCCGCCGCUUGGUCCCCGCACGCGGCUGGCAGGCCGCCUGUCGCACUUUGACCUCCAUCGGGAUUUCCACUUGCCCGACGAGCAAUUCGCCGCACUGAAGCUCAGCAAACUCCGCCAAGUGGCCGCCGAAUCUCGGAUGGAAGUUUUCCCGUCGCCGCGCCACAACACGGGCGGCGUCCGACGGCGCUCCGGAACUGCGGCCGAAAGCCUCGGCCUGCCGCUCGGCCUCACACCCUCGGUUGGAAAAUUGUCCAGCCCAUCGGAAGACAACGACCCCCGAAACAUUGACACGCGACUCGCCCCAACGUUACCUUUGGACCCAAACAACUUGUGUCCGAGUCCAGCGGAACAAGAACCGAAAGGUUUGGACCGGCAACGGGAACUGCUUCCCGGCUGUGAUCGCCCCCUGGAGGCGGGCCAGGAGGACAACGGACUUCGAGACGUUUUUCCCGAAGCGAUCAAAAACGGACUCGGUGCCGAAUCGCCGCCGCCACGGAGCCCCGCGGUCGCCUCGGCACCACUGCGGGCGACCUCGGCCGCCGCCACCUCCAGCCCGGCGCUGCCCUCGCUGGGCCUCACCCCGCUCGCCACGUCGCCCGCCGACACUGCCACCCCCUCGCUCAGCCUUCCAUCCCCGCCGACCGCGUCCCCCCGACCGUCCGACCCCGCCGACGGCCAAAUGCCGCCUGCAGCGGAGCAGCGCGCAAGCUGCACGCUCAAGGCCCCGGCAGGAAGCGCUCUGGUGGACGCGUGCUGCCUGCGGGACUCGGACGGCCGCUUGUGCGUCGCCGCGGCGGCAGAGUGGGCGGUGUCUUUGUGGAGUCGGCCGUCGCCAUCGGGCGCUUGGACGCGACGACACACGUGGCACUUCACGGAGCCGUUGAUGAAGGUGUUCCCCGUCCCGGACGGCGCCGGCCUCGUGUGCGCGACCUUGGGUCGGCCGGAGAUCAAAAAAGUGAGGGUGCUCUCGUGCCGCGGCGGGCGUCCCGUGCUGCUCCUGGACGGCGACGUGCGGGCGGCUGUGGGCGUGGCCGAGGCCCGGGUGGUCACCUCCUCCCAUUCGGCGAUUGGCUGCACGCUGCGGGCGUUCACGCUGGCAAAAGAUGGCAGCGCUUCCCACCGUCUCCAUCUCGCCUCCCCUGAUGUUUGCGUUCGGGCUCUGGCCCCGGUGGACGUUCUCCCCGACGCUCUGAUCGGCACCGACGAGAGAGGCCGACUCUUUGUGUGGAAUUUAAAGAGUGGACACUUGCUGCGGAAAAUCGAGCUUGGUGACAGCUUAUCACACACGUCCUGUUUACGAGGAUUCUCCUGCCGUGGUGUGCUUUUGGUCCUCGUGCAGCAUCUGUUUCUGGGCCGCCUCCAGACGAAACAAAACGUCGCCAACGAUGAAGUGUUCUGCAAACAGAAAGAAGAGAAGAAGCCAGCACUCUUCUCCUUGGUUGCGGUGAACCCUCUCAGCGGCAAAAGCAUCCUGGCAGCCCAGCUGGAGCCGCCGGCAUCCUGGUUGGGAAGGCUGUGUGAGGCAGACGCCAGCGACGUGGCAGCAGUGGGCGUGAAUCAGAGCGGCUGCGUGUGCGUGUGGCAGCUAAAGCGGCGGUGUGGCGGCAUCACGGUUGCGGCGGCCCCCGACGGCAUGGGCUGGCAACUGGCCCGCUGGGCGGAGGACGGCGCCACGCUGGUGACGGGCCACCAUGACGGCAACGUCACCUUGCACUUUGACCUCGCCGUCCCGGACCAUUUUAUGUGAUUUUUAGUCACAUCCGCUUGUUUUAGAGCGCCAAUCUGACACUACAACUUAAAAUAGACUUUUAUGCAGACUACUGACUGGAAAAUUUUAUGACCAUGCCUUCGACUUCAGUGCUUCUGUUGGUUAAAAAAGACCACCAAAAAAAAAAACUAAACUUUUGUAACUUGCAUUAAACUUGUGAAUUGUGUUAAACCAUA